AUGGGCAAGAUCGUAGUGGCAUUCGAUCUCUACGGCACGCUCCUGUCGACAGAGAGCAUUGCUAAAGAAUUGGCUUCACACUUUGGACAGGAAAAAGCCGCCUCCAUAGCGGCUGUAUGGAGGAAAUAUCAACUGGAAUACACGUGGAGGUUGAACAGCAUGAAACAAUAUCAGGAUUUUUCAGACGUGACCCGGGAAUCUCUCCUGCACGCCCUAGCAGAGCACGGAGUGAGUCUCAGCAAUGCUCAGAGCGACAAGCUCAUGGACGCAUACGACUCCCUAUCGACCUUUCCAGAUGUCAACCCGGCAUUGAAGCGGUUGGAGAAGAACACAAACGUCGAAUGUGUCGUCUUCUCGAAUGGAACCAAAGCCAUGGUCUCCAAUUCCGUCAACAAAUCUAACGAUCUCAACUCUUCGGUAUUCAAGGACCUUAUAACAGUAGAUGUUGUCAGAGCAUUCAAGCCCGCACCGGAGGUGUACGAGUUCCUGGCGCAAAAAGUCAACAAGGUGGGCCACGAAGAUAAGAUGUGGCUGGUGUCAGGAAACCCGUUUGAUGUUGUGGGUGCUCGCUCUAUUGGUAUGCAAGCCGCCUGGGUUGAUCGAUCAGGAAAUGGAUGGCAGGACCAACUUGGUCUUAGCCCUACGGUGGUGGUGAGAAGUCUCGAAGAGGUGGCAGACGUUGUCGAGCAGCACGCUGCGGGCUCCAAAUAG